AUCGAACCGUACUUCGCAAGGGAGGACACUGACGAGUCACUGUCACAAUACCAACCCGAAUCUCCGCUGCCGGUGGCAAGAAACUCACCUUAGGACCCUGAAGGCUUUACCCUCCUGUCGUGGCGUUUGCGUGCUCAUCGAGAGAGAGAAAGCGGUGUGUUUCUGUCGCAUCAAUCACCGCCACCAGUUCCCCAGGGCUCCGAGGGGCACCAAACUACAACGUCAUAGCAGCUGACACGUGCUUGUCGUUGUACAUGACGGAUGUUUCUAAAACCCUUCGAACUCACUACGGCAUUACGGCCCUCGUAUCUCCCCGAUGAGGUGCUCCUAUUUGUUCGGGACAACGUUGGUUUGUAUGAGGGGAAGUCCAAGCUCCGGGAUCAACAGAAUGGCCAGGUGUACCUAACCUCACAUCGCAUAUGCUAUGUGGAUCAAAAAGAGCCGCGCAAAUGGUCAGUGGCGCUGGACUUGAAGGACGUGGACCGACAUGAGUUCUACGCCGGGUUUCUCAAGUCCUCGCCCAAAAUCACCCUGGUGCCGAAACCUCUGAAACGGGGAUCCUUUCACACUCGUGUCCUCUCGAGUGCGUCAAAUGCGUCAAGGAGCGCCCCUGGUUCUCCUGGACAUUCUGAAGGAGCAUAUAGGCCACCAGCCGAGCCUCCAACUGUCACCGCCGCCACCUGGGUCUGCACAAUUUGCAGUUUCUCGAACCCCGUCCCCUCGAACUUUGAUCCGACGACUGCCAACGCCCACACCCCUCUAGCACCCUGUCUUGCUUGUGGUAUCAAGCCGACUUUAAGUCAUGUCCUAAAGGCAGCGAUAUCGAAUGCCAACAAACGGCCUUCUCCAUCCCCGGCCGUCCCCGUUAGUUCUCCACUGGCACUUCGACCAGGACCCCCCGAUCCUCAACUCAUGUCCGAGAACCGUAGCGAUCUCCUAACACCACAAACGAGUGCGGUUUCCAACGGAGGCUCGAAUGGAACAAACGGCAAUGAAGCGACAUUCGAGUGCCCCCGAUGUACGUUUUCGAACCAUCCCUCGUUACUCUCCUGCGAGAUGUGCGGUGCUCCACUUGUCACACGAGAUAUUCCGGCUUCUGUCCAACAGGACUCAAUAGCAGAUACUGCCAGGGCUGAAUCUCCUGGCCCAGUAAAGGACCAGAGCAAAGGUGGUCAAAACGACAUGCCUGAAAAUAUCAAGCUCUCAUUUCGAGGAGGCGGAGGACCAAUCUUUUACGAACGCUUGAAGGGCUCCUUGACCCAGCGCAAAUGGCUGCUUCAUAACGCACCUCCGGCUCCAAAGAGCAAUCGGAUAGAUGAGAGCAACGGCAAUGGCUCUCCCGGCAGCCCUUCAGGAGGCCGUGCCAAGACUGCAGGCAUCGCCGGCUUAGAACAACUAGGUCUGAACAUGCGCAAGAAUAACGAGAUACUGAUAGGAAGUGCCUUUGAAGAUCUCGAGGCUCUAAUGGCCUCUGCAAAGGAUGUCAUUGCGCUCGCGGAGCGGUUUGCAAGACAAACCAACAAUGGGCAAGAUAGUGCAACAGCCGAAGAGAACGCCAUCUUGGCGGAAUCGGCAAGCCAGAUGGGUCUGAUUACAACCAAGGAUAUUGUUGGUGGAGACAGCUCCGAAUCUCUCUACUUGUCCGAGCUGUCUCGUAACCUAGCCGAGUUUCUGACCGAUGACUCGAGGGGAGUUCUCAAGAAGGCCGGUGGUAUCAUCACUCUCGUUGACCUCUGGGCAAUGUUCAACAGAGCCCGCGGCGGCGUCGAGCUCGUCAGUCCCAUGGACUUCGAAAAGGCCGCCCGGCUAUGGAGCAAGCUCAAACUCCCCGUGCGCCUACGCACAUUCCGCAGCGGCGUCAUGGUCGUCCAGAGCCGCGACCGCACCGACUUAACAACUGUCAAGGCCAUACACUCGUGGCUUCAAGACCUGCGCGAGUUCCCGCCCGACCGUGACGUAUCCUGGGACUGGGGGGUGUUCGGCCGCGGCGUCACCGCGCAAGACGCUGCCGAGAGGUUUGGCUGGAGCCUGGGUGUUGCGGAGGAGGAGUUGAUGAUGGCGGAAGAGUGUGGUGCGGUGUGUCGCGAGGAGAGCCUUGAGGGCUUGAAGUUUUGGCUCAACUUCAUCGAUGAUGGGCACCCGAGGAACAGGAGGAAGCCGCGGAAGGAUGAUCAAAUCUUGACUGCGUUGAAGCACAGUGGACUUCUAUGAAACACAAUACAGGUAUGCGAAGCGAGUAUAUUAGACAAUCUUUCAAAUCAACGGCGUUAGGGAUGAGGUUCAUUCCAUAUAAAAUACAUGUGCACGAAU